AACAUUGGCAAGAUUUUCAAACUUUUUUUAGUAUCCAUAAUUUGACCUUAUGACUCUUUCUACCGUGCUCCUUAAACACGGGUCUUUUUCCAACACCCACCCUUAUAAUCAUGCCUUAACAUUAGUUACAAUUGCUAUUCUCACAAACUUCUAAUCCAACACCCACUUCUCCAACUUAGCUUACUUUUCCCACCUUUUUUUUCAAAAAAAAUAAUAUUGUUGCUAAUAUUUUGUUGAUAUUUCGAUAUGGGAAAUUCUUUAGGAGGUAAGAAAACCGCGAAAAUUAUGAAAAUAAAUGGUGAAACAAUGAAGUUUAAGACACCGAUACAAGCUAAGGAGGUGGUUAAGGAUUAUCCCGGUCAUGUGGUGUUGGAUUCGGAUGCGGUUAAACAUUAUGGUAUACGGGCAAAGCCACUUGAUCCGUUUCAUAAUCUCGAGCCUAAGAAGCUUUACUUCUUAGUAGAGUUACCCAAGUUUCCACAUGACCACCAGCACCGGGUUCCUAGGAGGGUCCGGUCUGGGAUCAAUAUGUCCGCUAAAGACCGCCUCGAAAGCUUGAUGCUUUCGAGGCGGUCUGUAUCAGACCUCUCCAUCAUGGGACCCGCUACUAGAAUUAUGGUUGACAGCGGGUCCCAUGAUGGGGUACAGGAGGGUGGUGAGGGAGGUGUGAACUCGGGUUUGAGGGUGAGGAUGAAGCUUCCCAAGGCGGAAGUGGAGAGGUUGAUGAGCGAAAACGCGGACCAAGACGCGGUAGCUGAGAAGAUUAUGGCCUUGUGUUUGGGGAAAACGGGUCAAAAUGAGACAAAGAGUAGUAGCGUAAAUAACGUUGGAAAUGGUGUGGCUAGCAAUUGGAAGGGCAAAGAUGUUGUUGAUGGUAAUUUGGGCCAACCGAUGGCUCGUAGUAGUCAAGGAGGUUACAAGAAACGAGUAGGCUUCAUGCCCAUUCGUGAAGGCGAGAUAAGACUAGCCGUUGCAUCAUGAUAAAGUAUGGAGAAUAAAUGAAGCAGUUCAAGGAAAAAAAAAAUAGCUAAAGUUAAAAUUUCACCAUAUGAUAUAGCUCAGAAUUAGAUGUAGUUUUUCUAUGCCAUUUUUUUUUCCAAUCAAAAAAGUAAAAGCUAAGAAAAAGAAAAAAAAAAUUAGUUUAUUACCUCGUAUCCAGCAUAUAAAAAUGAUGUUUAUGUACACCCACUUGUAUAUUGUACGAACAUAAUUUCUUUUUGCUGAGAUAUUUUACAAAUACUGGUUUUAACUAUGAAAGUUGGAUGUC